ACCACGAUGUCUGCCGAGUCUAUCACCAAGUUUCUCCGGUCCAAGGGGUCGCUAGCGGAGAUCCUCGCCAGGGCCAACUCGUUGCUCGACGGCCAAACCUCCGUCUUUCUCCCCAACAAGUCUGGGUUCGUCCUCGAGCUUCUAUGUGAUCGUGCCAACGACUCUCUGGCUUUCAAGUCCUGGAAGCUCCACCCCGACUACUGGAGAUUGUUCUCCAAAUCAUGGACGGCGGCAGCCUCCAGCCCCACACGGAGCAAGAUGUUCAAGCGUGCCAAGUUGGUGGACGCUGUGGUGGCUGUUAUCAACGCAUCGCAGGACCUCCAGCUCUGGACGGCCAUGUUCGACUUCAUUGCCUUGGUCAAACACGAGCACUACAUCGACAUCGAAGAGGCUGCUGCUACAUCGUUGUUGAAGCACUACUUGCAGGCUGUCAAUGGAGCCCAGUUUCCGGGAGAGUUCGUUUCAAGAUGGUCUGUGCUCAUCAACGAGUUGUAUCAAUUGCCCAACCUCAGCAUCAACCACACCGUGACCAAAAAGUCGUACUCUAGGUUCAUCCAGGAGUGUGUACCUGGGCUCUUGCGGUUCAUCACGGCUUCCAGCCACGACCUGGCCUCGAAAGACCUCUUCACAGCCACCCUCAUCCAGGGCCUCUUCCUCCCGGAAAUGAUAGGCCACUUGAAAGCCAACGUGGACCAGCUUUUGAAGGAUGCUUCCCUGCUCUUGGAGGAGAAGCAAAUCUCCGAGUUGUUCGAAAUGUGUGUGGAUAACCUUUCUUCCAAGGACUUGGGCAUCUGCGAAGAUUUGUUUAUUUCCAUAACCUCCACCGAGAAAUUCAGAGGUCUUUCGCCAGCAUUAUUGGAGAGACUCACCAGGGUGAACAAGUCUUUGUCCUCGGAGUUCUUCCAGAAAAUCUACACCAGUGAGUUCGACGACAAGCUCGCAGCAUCCACAGCCAUCGACUGGACAUUAAUUAUCUAUCUCCUCGAUUUGGAUAUCGAACUCACUAUCAAAUAUGCCCACCAGGUCAUCAGCCAUGCCUCUUCCGCCUGCGACCAACAACUUCAGCUCAGAAUCGGAAAAAGCAUUUUACAUUCAUACUUGAAAGGAAGAGAAUUGAGCCAGUUCUAUUCCACCGUCUGGACGUCAGCAAUCGAGGUUUCGUCCCAGUGGAAAGACCCAGCGUUUAUAUCAUUGGUGGCUGCUACUGUGGAUGACUUUUCUGCCAGUCAGUUGGCCAAGCUCGUUGCAGAGUUGUUCCAGAGUUACUCUUCAAAGCCUGAAUUGCUCGUUCCCUUAAUGACAUCCAUCUCCAAGGGACUCAUAACUUGUGCCAAAUCCAAGGCAGAGGCAGUCAAAGACUUGUUCGUGGAAAACAAAGCGUUUAUCAGCACUAACAAAGAAGAAUUCUGGGAGCUCAGAUACUACUUGUCGUGUUUGUACGACUCGUCCUUAAUCAGUGAUAACUUGGAGGGUAAAUCCAUUUACUACUACUACUGCACAUUCAGAUUGGUCGAAUUGGGUGCAAAAAAUUCCAAGCUCGAUUCUAUAAUGGCCAAUUUUGUCAAAUUAAUUAAGAAAGAACCUUCAUACAUACCGUUUGUGUUGAACAGAUGGAUAAUUAUCAUUGAGCAAUUCUUUACUCCGGAAUUAUUAUCUCAGUUUGCUGAGUUGAUCUUUGCCAACCUCUCUUUGGAUAGUCUCAGAGAAUACCUCCAACAGGCCGAGAUAUUGUACGAACAGAAAAAGUUAGCAUCCACCGUGAUUAAGCACUUGAACACUUUGGUCGAAAAGGACUCCUCAUUGAUCGAAUUAAUUCAAUUAAUUCCAAUCCAGUGCUACGAUAGAUCCUUGAAGAAGUCAACCAUGGAACUCCUCUACAAGAUAGCCAUCAGUACCAAGGAUUCUGAGUGUAACAUCAUCUCGAGAAAGGCUAUUCUUCAUUUGUUGAAAUCUCCAUCCUUCAAAUCCAAAUUGGAGAUGGAUUUCAAAUCUGGAUUGAAAUUGCUAGAAUCCUCUGUCAGUGAAUCCAAGCCAUCUUCAUUCGAAAUCAUCAAAUUGAUCUGGGUCUAUCAUUUGCAGCAAAUCAAUGUCCAAGAACACGAAACCUAUAUCAACGACUCUUUGAGCAAACUCGACAAAGAUCUUUCCAAGUUCUCUCCUAAAAAGAAUAAGGAAUCGUUGGUGUUACAAGCUGCAUUUGUCAUUAUUUCUUCGCUUGAUAUGGACACCAUUAGCAAUGAAUCCUUGAAAACUACCUUGAAAAACUUAAUCUCCAAAUUCUACUCCAGCGUGAAAGAGGCUAUUGUCCACAGAGUAUCGGAACCAAAAAUCGACAAGGAAUCUAUCCAGUGGCUUUUGAGCACAUUGCUCAUACCGAAGUCCGAAAUUGAGAAUAGUGCCAUUUUGAGCUUGGUAAAACAAGUAGGAACGAAGGUAGAAAAGAUGGACGAUGCCCCAGAAAUUAAACACAGCUUGUUCAGGUUGAUUUGCAAGGUUUCUACUCCCAAGGACUCGCUCUAUAUUCUCAGUCUUUUCUUCACAUUAUACACCCCAAAGACUGAAAUAACAGAAGACUUGGAGAAGUACUUGGGCACAUUGAACGAGCAAGAGCUCGAGUAUGCGUUCGACUUUGUCUCCCAUUCUUUCUAUCUCGAACCUGGCCAUCAGGAGUUUAUUCCAAUUCUUUGCUGUUUCAUCAGGUCCACCAAGAAAGAAUACAUUUUCACCCACAAAAUGCUCAGCCAGGUGCUUUCCAAGUUCCUCUCUAACUUCGACAGUAUGAGCUACGAGUCACACGCUCUCAUUUUGACCACCUUGAAAACUAGUCUUAGUGACAUGACAUGGCUUUUCAACCAGUAUGGAAUUGAAUCCCUAGUCACAUUGAUGGCCAAGUACGGAGCUUUGCUUUCCGUCAACAGCUUCACAGAACCACAAACAGUCGAGUUGUACAUUCAGACCACUCAGGUGAUGUCCCACGUCUUGUUGUUCCAUCGUUACAAACUUUCGUCUCGUCACCACAUCAUCAUCAACUCGUUCGUUGCUUUAUUAAUGCCCUUGUCAGCCAAAACUGACAAUUAUUUGAACACCAACACCGAGGCUGCCUCCGCGUAUUCGAGAUUGUUGUCCAACUUGUGUGAGCCAUCAGUAACUACCAUGUCCAGAGAACAGCUAAGACAUUCGCUAAAUUCGUCCACUGCUUUGGCAAAGAGAGCCUUGAGAAAGCAUGUGCCAUUGUUGCUCAUUAACUACAUCUACUUGGCGUUGAAGUACAACUUCAAGAGUGUCGUCAAUGAGGAGAUCAUCGGAGGAAUUUAUAACAUUUUUGAUGUUGUCAGUACCAACGAGUUGCAGUUGGUGAAUUCCAGCUUGGAUAUCCCAGGAAAAGCGUUUUUCAGAACUUUGCACGGUAACUACAAGGAUUUUGGUAAGUGGAAGGAUCAAUAG